GACGUCAAUUCUAUUUAGCUGUGUCCCGCCUUCUCAUUUUCACCUUCGCCGUACUCGAGAACAAACCUCGUACUGCGUAUGCCGCCACGUUUAUUCCCGAACGGGACCUUGUUUCUCUCGUUUUUGAUUGGUUGAGUUGAUUUGUCACCUCUGUCCCGCACUUUUUCCAACGUCCUAAUUAGUUCUGUCGGAUGUCUGGAUGUGACAGCUUAGAGCAGGCUGUGAAUUUGACGCGUGCUCACCGUCCAAAGUCAACGGGAAUUCUUCUAAAUUAGAAACUUGCCGUAUAUAAUUCUCUCUCUGUCCUGCCUGGUGACAAAGUAGCAAAAUGUCGUCUGCUGCGAGGGAUGUUGACAGCUCACGGUGCUCCGUUAACAAACGGGAGAUGUUUGAGACUUUCCAGACUUGGGCCCUCCAAAAUUAUGGGGACAGUGGUAAAACGAAGACGGUGACCCGUAAAAAAUACGACCGGAUUGUGAAAAUACUGACUGGCGAGGAACCAUCGACUGCAGACAAUUCUAAGUUCAGAUUUUGGGUGAAAGCUAAAGGAUUUCGUUUGGGACCUUCCGAAAAUACGGAAAGAGGAUACAAAAGAACGAUUUAUGUUCCUACAAAACCUGUGACGGAUCCAAACUGCAAUGACACGGACAAGGAUUUCAAGAAAGUCGCAAAGGUUGAAGAUUUCUUCGACAUUAUAUACAAUGUUCAUGUUGACAUGGAUGGAAGAGGUGGCAAACACGCUGGUCAAAAACGUACCUACAGAGCGAUUGCGGAGACUUAUGCGUUUUUGCCAAGAGAGGCAGUCACUCGGUUCCUCAUGUCCUGCUCCGACUGUCAGAAGAGAAUGCACAUGACGUCAUCGGAUGAAAGUCACAAUGUAGCGUCAUGCGAGUCAACUUAUAAACCGGAAACUACCAUGGAGGACCCACCCAUCAUUGACUUCACAGUUCCCAUCACACAGACGUACUUAAAUCACAUGAAACAGAAGGGCAUCGCGAUGGACACUGGAGCAACUGACGAGGAAAGCAUGUCCAGUGUUGAUAGCACAGCAGGAAGUCGAGACGGAAGUCCGGCCCUAUCUGACGACACCGCCACCAACCAUAGAUCCACCCCUAAAGAAGAUAGCCCUAUGGCGGAUGAAGAUGCAAGCCUUUCUUUUACAAUGUCUAAGUCUCCUUCGUCGCGGUCUGAAGACCGUGGUCAUUCUGAAAGAAAAAGAAGAGCCAGCGAGGACAGCUGUGAGAGUUCGACAAAGUUAAGUGAGAGUGGAAUUAAUGAAGAAUCCGCCUGUAAAGAUGAAGAUGACGAUGAUGAUAAUGAAGACGAUGAUAAAAUGCCGACUGGACAGGAUAUUGACCCCGAGAGACUCAAAGCCUUUAAUAUGUUUGUUCGCCUCUUUGUGGAUGAAAACUUGGACAGAAUGGUUCCAAUAUCAAAGCAACCAAAGGAUAAAAUUCAGGCUAUCCUGGAGGCCUGUGAUCGGCAAUUCCCGGAAUUUCACAUCAGAUCUCGUAAAAGAAUUCGCACAUACCUCAAAUCUUGCCGUCGCAUGCGCAGAUCAAAAGAACAAAAUGGAUGGGAACCCCAACAGAUGCGGCCAACUCCUCCACAUCUAACAUCAGCUGCAGCAGAGAGCCUUCUUGCACAGGCCUGCGAAAAUGAGAGCCAAAAUGCUAAGCGCAUGCGUCUUGGACUUGAGCCACUUCCGGCCACUUCGAUGAACCCCAACAGUUCCACAACAAAUAGUCAAUCUCAGGCAACUCCUCAGCAGCAGCAGCAGUCAACACCCGCGCCUUCUCCUCAUUCCCAGUCCUCGUCAAAUCAAACAUCACCUCAGUCUCAACAAUCCGCAUCACAAGUAGAUAGACACGCUCACACUAACAAUGACUUCUUGCGUCAUCAGCCACCGCCUCCUGCAUUUAGGCCAGCCCCAGAAUUCCAUCCACCAUUUUUCACAAACGGAAAUGGACUAUUUCGUCCUGGAUUUCCAGGAUAUCAACAUCCGGCGCACCACCACCCCCCAGUCCUGUCACACAGCGCACUGAACCCGACCUCGGUUCAAAACGGUAAGCUAAGUCCCACUGAUCUUAGCAUGAAGAAACAAUCGUCCAAGAGCCAGUUAAGUGCGGGAGAAAUCGCCACGAUAAAGCAGCUGAUUGGCGGCUACCGCGAGUCGGCUGCCUUUCUCUAUCGUUCAGCAGACGAACUCGAACAGUUACUUCUUCAACAAAACUAAUUGCAGAUAUGGUUUGCCUUGGUUUACUUUUAUACCUCAGUUCCUUUAUGGUGUUUUCUGUAUAAGGAAGCAUUAUGCCACUUUGUCUUGCGAUCAGAGGCGCGUGCAGCAGAUAUGAGUUAAUUAUUGCUACAUGUAAUUAUAUAUAUAUGAACAGUGCAUUUGGUGUAGAUGAUAUAUGUAUGAUUUUGUUGUUCGAUUUCUGAAAAGAAUUUUAAAUAUUUUGAAUGUAUGAAUAUUUAAUAGUGCUGAAGUACCUAAGUUGUAAAGAAGAAACAUUGCAUUGUGAUGUGAAGCGUGAACUACAUAUACAUGUAUACCAUUUCAUUCUAACAUUUCAAUUUCAAUACUUCCUUGCGGCAUAUUUAUUUAAGGAAUCACUGUCUAGUUGUUGGGUAUGCAAGGUUUAUUACCUAUAUAAUUUUCAUAUCGGCAAUGCCGUUAUACAUAAAUUAUCACGUUUGCUUAUUGUAGGUAAUCACAUCACAUACCCAACUAUCUAGACGGUCAUGUCUUUUAUUUAUAUUUGAAGUAUAAAUGAAAAUAUUAAAUCGAUAUAUCAAAAAUAUUGCAUAAUAGAAAUUGAAAUGAAUGCCACAUUCCAUGUUAAUUUCCAUAGCCCCUCCCACUGACGUCAUUAAUUUGCUUGCAAGUGAGAAAUUUCCACCCAGUUGAUUAACACAUUGAAGCUUCAAAGGUUAUCGCAGUCGGACGUGUAAAUAUUGAAGAAUUCUUUUGACUGUUCAUGUGUUCGUUAGGACUUUUGUUAGAGAUUUUGUAAGAUUCUAUAGAUAAGUCACUUUAAUGACUGUGCACGAUUGUACACUGUUUCCAAUACAACCCCUGUAAGUUUUUAUCUUCUACUAGUAUACCAUGUACCUCUGGUGCUUAUCGUCCCAAUUUACUGUGAUUGCCUAUAGGAUAGAAUUUCAAAUGAGUGUCAUAGUUUUGUUUUGUGGAAAUUUAGUCGUAAAUAUGUAUAUAUAAAUAUAUAUGAGCUAUA